AAUAUUAAAAAUACUCUCGUAUCAAAAUGUGGACCAACAAGUUUUUCUUCCUUCUUACAGUUGCAUGCAUGGCUGUGUUCGGUACAGCUCAAACGUUGCCUUCGAUACCUGGACAGGACCCAGCAGAUUGUUUGUCAUCGUUGGAACUUAUUCCCAACUGUAUCUCAGAAAUUUUUGGAUCGAUAAUAAGUGGACAAAUCGGGACUAUUGGUCACUCUUGCUGCCAUGCCUUUUUGGGUCUCAAUGCAGAUUGUGUCACUCAGACGUUUGCCUUUGCUCCUCUCUUCCCUCUGACUCUACGGGAUCAUUGUUCCAAACAAUCGUAAUGCCAUAAUUAUCUACAUGUUCUAGGUCAUAAAUGUGCUAUCAAACAGUGUUAUGUUUCGGCUUAAGUAACAACUUCCAUGUAAACCCUAUGUGAUCAACUGAUCAUCUUUAUCCAUAUUUCGUGUUGAUAUAACAUGUGGAUAACUAUAUAACAAUAAUAAUAAUAAUAAUCUAAAGGAUAA